AUGUCGGAAGUCGCAUCAAGUUUUUUUUCACCGAUAGAAUUUACUGAAGAACCAGAGGUUGCGUUGUUGGAAUUUUACGGAUGUAGUUCAAUACCAAAUAUUGACAAGUCAAACAAUACAUUCACUUUGAUAAAUACAAAUAACGAGCUUCUUGAAAAUAACAUACAAAUUAAAGUGCCUGAAGGAACUUAUAAACUUGGAUAUAUUAGUAAAUAUCUAGAAAAACGUCUUCAGUCCUUCGAAAAUGAUUAUCAAGUUGAUGCUGUCAUUACGGACUUCAAAAAAGCUUUUGUUACAAUUGACAAUCGUCUACUUGUAUCUAAGCUUGAAACUCUCGGUAAUGAUGACCCCUUACUUUCUUGGUUGAAGUCAUACUUUGCAUCAAGAAAACAAUAUGUUUUUGUCAAUGGUGCUAGGUCCAACAUUAUUGAAGUUCCUUCGGACGUCCCCCAAGGUUGA